AUGGCAUCCAUGUCUUGGAUCCAUAACUUUCAUAAGUUUUACAGAUAUCUUUUAAUGGAUAUGGCAAGCCAAGGUCUUUGCUCACCCCCGGGCCGACCUGAUAUCUAUGGUGUCGGUGUUCGCGCCGCAUUCUACACGCAAUGGCUCGGUACGUUGAUCAUGGAGUACAUUUCUGAAAGCGACCUUUCAGAUUUGCGUUUUAUCGGCCUCUCCUCAUCUGCAGCUGCAUCAAUAUCCCUUGUUAUUGGAAUAGCACACAACGCCUUGACUCCGCUUGAUAUUUACUUUUUACUCCUCUUUGGCAUUGGCUUCUUUUUGUUCCUGAUGCCAUUGUGCAUCUGGCGCGUGAUAACAAGAUGUCAACCACACCUCGACCCUUUUCUACUCACAAACGAAGUUCAUGGGACCUUUUACUAUCUCGUCGCUCUCACAAUACUCAUGGCUACUUUGUCGAUGGGAACAUGGUAUUACACCGUCUUUCUGCCGCAUCUAAGCCGCGGCUGUCGCGAUGUUGUGUUCAUGCUCGGACAGGUAAACUUGGAAAGUAAGGAGAAUAGGAGAAACAGGGCAAGAAUUGUCUGGCGUCUUAGGAAACUUCGUCUCUCAUCUGGGCUCAUAAUAUUCACCCUUUUGAUCGUUGCCAUCGAGCUGCCCAUACUAUGGAAUCAUAUUCAAGGCGUGUAUGACUUUGCGACCAUCACUCAGUUACUUCCCUUCGUCUUCUCAAUCGGUAUAUUUCUGCGCUCUUGGGCACUCUACGCUAGUAGCGCCAACAUAAGGGAUGGCGAUGCUAGAACAAGACCACGUCCAAGUACACCAUCGUCGUCGUCGUCGUCUUCCCCUUCGUCUUCAAAUGGCGAAAUGGUCAACGUGGUACGAAUCUAUCGAGCACGCAGUCCUCGAUCGUAUUAUCCAUAUGGGUAUUACCCUUAUGGAUACAAUCCUUAUGGCUAUGCACAAUACCAAGACGGAAACCCUUACGACGACAACGAUGACUACUAUCACGAUAACUACUACUACAACAAUGACGAAAAUUCUUCAGAGGAAUCCCAAGAGCCGCGAUGGCCUCCAGGAGUUCACUACAGUCGGCGACCAUAG